AUGACUACGACAUUCUCCGCCUUGCCCGUGGUAGACGUCGGGCUUCUCGGCUCGUCUACUGGUCCAUCAUCCGAAGAGCAGGCAGCAUUGAGCCAACAAUUGUACGAUGUUUUCGCCACGACCGGCUUUGCAUAUCUCACAAAUGUGCCUUUGAGCUUCACACAUGAAGAAGUAUUCGAUCUGUCCCGCCAAUUCUUCGCCUUGCCGACCGAUCAAAAAAUGCAAUUGGCCAAGCAGUCCUUUUCCAAGGCCAAUUUAAACACAUACCGGGGGUAUUUUCCCACGCAACCAGAAUUGGCCAACGACAAUUUGAAAGAGGGAUUCGAAAUGGGUCCUGCGAAGCCGAUCCAUACGGCUUCUUCUCUCACAUCGCGUUCCAAAAUCAGCCUUUCCGAGCCUAAUGUAUGGCCUGAAGAGACCAAUUUCCCCGCGCGACAGGAUUUGGAGAAAUUAUACUUCGAGCUACAAUCUUUGGCCGCUAAGCUGCUUUCCCUGCUGGCUUUGUCCCUCGGCAAGCCGGGAGACUUCUUUGCCCCGUACCUGGACGACUCACUCAGCACUCUUCGCUUGCUUCAUUAUCCUCCCGUGGUAUCUGCAGCUUCAGGCUCCGCAACAGCAGGCUCAGAUGUGAAGCUAAGCUGCACACCCCAUACCGACAGCGGCAUUCUGACACUUUUGCAUCAAGAUUCGACUGGCGGAUUGGAAGUGCGCAACUCCUCUGGGGAGUGGGUCCCUGCACCAUAUGUCCCUGAAUCUCUCGUUGUCAACAUUGGUGAUUUGAUGGCGAAAGUGUCUGGUGGACGGUUUGUGGCUACCAUGCAUCGUGUUCGAGCCCCUGGCAUAGACUCUUCCGCGGUGUGUGUGAGUGGCAACGAUGCAUCGAGUCAGCUUGGUCGCAUUAGUGUGCCUUUCUUUUUUGAGCCUGGCGAGAAUUGUUUGGUCCGGUCGAUUGACGCACAUGAGGACUUCGUCGUGUAUGGCGAACAUGUGCGUUCGAAAAUGAAGACCUGGGUGGAGUUCCAGGAUGAUGAAGGUGAGAACUGA